AUGAAUCGGAAUGGAAUUAGAGGUUUCAGCCGUUUCGACACCAAUGGUGACAGAAAGAUUUCUGUUGAGGAGCUCGUCCACGCUGUGAAGGCACUAGGAUCCGACAUCUCUACUGAAGAGGCGAAGCAAGUGAUGGCUAAACUCGACGCAGACUGUGACGACUUCAUCAACCUCGAGGAGUUCAUCGGAUUCUACAAAGAAAACACCAGAGACCAAGAGGUAGGAAUCAACGAGCUCCAUGAUGCGUUUGAACUUUACGAUUUGAACAAGAAUGGGUUGAUCUCGUCAACUAGGUUCAUCAGAUCUUAA